ACACGCACCAUGAAGACCUUCACCUUGAUAACAGCUUUAACUCUCUGCAGCUUUAGCUGGAUCUCUGUCUCAGGCUCUGAGUCUCAGACUGUGGAGGUUCAGUCUGGUGAAGAAGUCACACUGACGUGCUCCAACAUGUCCAGGAAUACAUCUCAUACGGAGUGGUUCAGACUGAUCAACAGAACCAAGCCCAGCUGCAUCUCCUAUAUGUACUGGGAUGAUGAUGAAGCUUCGUUCUGUGUUGGAUUUCAAAAAGAAAAAUUUGAAAUGAGCUCCAACAUCUCCACUGUCUCUCUUAAAAUCAAGCGAGUGGAUUUAUCUGACUCUGGACUGUAUUUCUGUGGAAUCUACAAGGGCCAACGUACCGUCAUUGUCAGUGCAACACAUUUAAUCGUUCAAGGUAAUGGCGAAUCUGAUGGUGAAGUGGUUUGUAAGACUGAAAAGUCUAAUUCUAUCAUCGUUCUUGUAGAGGAGUGUGAUGAAACGGCAAACCUAAUGAGCUUGAUCCUGGGUGGUCUGACCGUUUCCCUCACCAUAGUCGUCGUUGUUCUGGCUGUUAAAGUCAGGAAACUUCAGACAGCUGUGAAUGAGGAGCCGCAGCCAGAAAGAAACAAGGUGAACUCACCAAAUCUGGGCUCUGAUGAGCUGGACUCUGCAGCGCUGAGGUUCCUUCCAGAGACAAUGAGGAACAGGAGGCCUGCAUCAGAGAGAGAAGUGGAGACUCGUGUUGUUUAUGCUGCCAGCAGAUAGACUCCGGAAGACACUGUAUUGAGGCGUUAAUGCAAAUUUGUUUUAACGCAACUGAUAUCUUUAACGCAUUAACGCAAUCAAUCUUUCGGAGGUUGCAGCGGGCUCAGUUUUUACAGCUACAGAGCUAUGAAAGAAGAUACUGAUGUCAUUAGAAACUACAAAACCUUAGGAAUCCAUCAGUACCAACCAUGUCAUACUAGCUAGUCAUGAAGGGGGUUAGAUACGAUCCAAACUUCAGCACACUGACGGCUGUUUUUGCCGUCAGUUUGCCAUGUUAUGAUUUGAGUGUAUUUGUUAUGCUAAAUGCAGUACCUGUGAGGGUUUCUGGACUAUAUUUAUCAUUGUUUUGUGUUGUUAAUUGAUUUCCAAUAAUAAAUA